CUUCUCCAGGGAGAGGGACUCGCCAUCGACCCGGUCCAACCCCGGCGGCGUCUCCUUCUCCCUCUCACUCUCCCCAUCUCCUUCUGCUCCGCCCGCUGCUGCCAAGAAACCGCCCAGCGCACCACGGCGCGGCACCAAGCGCCCCGCCCCCCCCGCCGGCAGCAACACGAGUCAAGACCCCAUCACCUCCCCCGCCUGCUCCAAGGAGGGGGAGGAGGAUGAAGAGGGAGAAGAAUGAAGAGCAGCCGAAGGUGGAGGUGGAGAGCUCGAAGAGUCAGGAGGAGCUGGCGGAGCUGGCUCCACCUCCGACCCCUGAGCCCGACGUAGACCCGGAGGAGGACCUGGACCUGAGUGGAGACCCAGCGGAGGAGAAGAACGGAGCGCUCCUGAGCCCGCAGAGACACCAAAUGUCCCCGCUGCUGUCCUCCCUCUCCACCCUGGUGGUGUACCUCCGCCGGCAGCAGCACUCCUCCUUCCUCUCCCUCUCCCGCUCCCCCCACUCGGCGGAGGCCUGGCGCCUCCUCUGCCACUCCAGCCUGUCGCUGCUCAUCCUCUACAACCGCCACCGCGAGUGUGAGGUGGCCAAGCUCACCGUGCAGGACUACUGCAGCCGCACCACCCCCCCGCCCGGCCUCACCCCCCCCUCUGGCAUGGAGGCCCUGCUGUCUCCCUUUGAGCGCCUCGUGCUGUGCCAGCUGCCGCGGGCGGGGGUCCUGGGGAAGCGCGGGCGCCUGCAGCCGCUGAUCCUGCCGCCCCACUGCGAGUCCUGCCUGGACCUGCUGCUGCAAACCAGCCCGGGGGUGGGGGUGGACCCGGACAGCCCCUACGUCUUCUCCCGGCCAUACCACUCCCCUGCCACCCCGCUGCGGGGCACCGACCUGCUGAGGAACCUGGCCCGGUCCAGCGGGGCCAAGAACCCCGGGGCGCUGACGGGGGCGCGGGUGCGGCGGCAGGUGGCCAUCCUCACCCAGCUGUUGCUGCUGGAGGAGGGCGAGGGGGGGGGCGCCAAACGGCUGGAGGAGUUCCUGGAGCGGGAGUACCACGUCACCCAGAACUGCUCCACCCUCCUCCAGGACCCCACCCUAAUGGGCCGGGUGGGCCGGGUGGUGCUGUAUGGAGAGAAGGAGGGGGUACUGUUCCGCGGGAUGAGCCUGCAGCACAUCUGCCUGGAGCUGGAUGUGAUGUCAGGAAACUCUGCAGACUCCUUCUCAGAUUCAGAGGUGGAAGAGGAAAAGGAGGAGGUGAAGGAGAAGGUGGAGGUGGUGAUGGUGAAGAGGAAAGGACCGGGUAGACCCCGAAAAAAGAAAGCACCACCCCCCUCCGUCAGCCCCUCUAUAGCCAGCAGCCACAAGAAAAGAUGUACUCCAACGAAAUCAGGAAAGCGUGGGGUGCUGAAGCGGCCGUGGUCGGAGGCAGAGCGCGUGGCGGUGGAGACGCACCUGAAGAGGAACCUGAUGGAGCUGCGGGUCCCGGCCAAGGCGGACUGCGAGCGCUGCCUGGAGCUCUGCCCCCUGCUGGUCAGCAACCAGCGCGACUGGAGGUCCAUCAAGUUCUACGUCCACAACCGCAUCCAGCUGCUGAAGAAGCAGGGGCGGAGGGAGAGCGCCGCCCUCUGAAACCUCCACCCCCAUGUACAGACCAGAAGAGACAGGGGGGAGGAGACACUGAACCCCACCCUCAUGUACAGACCAGCAGAGAGAGGGGGGAGGAGACACUGAACCCCACCCUCAUGUUCAGACCAGCAGAGGGAGGGGGAGGAGACACUGAACCCCACCCUCAUGUACAGACCAGCAGACAUGGUGGAGGAGACACUGACCCCCACCCUCAUGUACAGACCAGCAGAGGGAGGACUUCCUGUUGGGGGUCUCAGUGAUGGAUCAGAUGGGUGUAACCUGUGAAUAUGAGUCCAGUGAAUGCGUCUUAGAGAUUAUUUUUUGUUGUUGUCGUCCCGCUGACUUCACACUGUGUGGGACGGUGCAGCAGGUGGAGGAGCUCGGACCAAGAACUCUUUGGAGCUUCAUUCAUCAUUUGUUCAAAACUCUCAACCAUCUUCCUCGUGCUGCAGGAGUUUAUUGUUGCAUGUGUGUUGAUGGUGCAGAUCUGUGCACAGGGUCUACGGAGGCCGACGGGUGCAAACGCGCUACAGCGGCUCAGAACAUUUCCAUCACGGGAAACACACUGCAGCUUCAGAAAGAUGCACAUAAUAAACACUAAUGUUCCAAAACACAUGCACAUUGUUGUUUCUUCAUUUGCAUGUGGUUUGGCACAUUUGUCUUUUUUGAUUUGCAGUGUUUCUCCUAUUGUCCAUGUUUCGGGACGUUGUUGGGCGUUUGCACCUGUCGGCCAGUUCAAAAAAAGAUGCGGCUACAUUAAUAUUAUAUAUAUUAUUGUUAUAUUGUUAUAUUCCAGUGGGGGCAGCACAGGAUACUUUGAGACAUUUCCAGUAACUCCAGGAGUGGAGUGCACCAGCUGGGCGUAAAAAAGUUCAUUCAAAAAGGGCUUGUCUGCCGAAACGAAACCUCUAUCAGCUCACUGUCCGAAUAGAUGUCCAUUGGGUUUGUUCGAUCACGGACGACUUUCUCUUCUUAAUGCCCUUUCAUUGUUAAACCUGUAAACAAGACGCACUGCCAUCGUUAAUAUCCUUCUUGCCUGUUUUACGUUACUAUGGAUACUAGUCUGUCUUUCCGAAUUACGCCUGCUCCAUACUAGGCGUAAAAGUCACACCCAGGCGCAACGCACCUAAGUCUAAGUGGUGCACUAGUCAUAACUUUAGUUUGGUCUUAACCUUCGGUUCUACGUCGGACGUAGAGUUACGCCCAGCUGGUGCACCCCACUCCAGAGGCUUUAGAAGUCCAAAUUCGAAUUGAGGAUUUAUUAUAAGGAGACGAAAACAAUGGAGAGAUCAUUGGUGCAGCUCUCCGUGCAUCAGCUCACACACUGCAUACACUCUGUGUGUGUGUGUCCACGUGUAAAUGUUGUUUUUAUAUUGACUGACAUUGUUUUAUUGCCCACACAGUGUUGUUGGACCAUGAUGCACCUGUGAUGCAUUCUGUACGGAUGCCCGCUGACCUGUGUUUACUGCAUAUCAGAGUUUCAUCUAUAUUUCAGAUGAUUUGACCCAUAGUGUAAAUACUUCAUAUGAAGAGUAUUAGUGACGGCAGAGCAGUGUGUGUUGAUGGUGUACAUACUGUAAAUACUACCUCUACUUAUUAAAGUGUACCACAUUA